AUGGCUUGGCUUCAGUUGCAAGCUCUACGGAGCCAUAUCUGCCGGAGUUGUAUUACGUAUGAACGAUGGGACAAGGAAACCAGGAGAGCUGCCAAGUCGGUGAUCAGAAAUUUGGCCAAAUUGCACCGUGAGAAUCGGCUCCUCAGUAUUUGGCUCUCUACUAUUAGUAGCCCGGCACAACAGUUCACGCCUUCAUCACAGGUCUCGGAUGAAAAUGCAUCCAGCUUUGGGACCUGUCACUACUUGUUGACGGCAUUCGCUGAGACGUGGCCACCUGCAGCCCUGUACCGAGAUGUGAUCGCGAGACUUUCACCAACGAUGACUGAGAAGUGA